AUGCUGCCCUGUGAAGAUCCUAGCACUGAAUUAGAAUUGCGGCCUUGCGAAGUUGUUACGGGUUGUGCAUGGUAUCGAACCGGAAUUGAAGUUGAAGAUGAAGAAAAAGUACGAAUACCGAAUUGUUUGAAUACACAGUUGAUUGCGAAGAUUGAUGAGCCGCUUGCAAAAUUUUCAUUAAUUCAAUUUGUACUGCUAUACGAUUGGCCUCAGAUGUUGGAGCAUGUGGGAAGAGCAAUGAUUCAACGAUUUUUAAAAACUCCACAUUCUUCAAAAAACUCACGAAAAAAUCUUUGAACAUUCCGGGACCAAAACCAGUCUCAGAAAUUCGUACAACACGUUUACCUCAUGUUAUAGUUGGAGAUGAGGCAUUUAGCUUAACAGAACAUAUUAUGCGACCAUAUUGCGGCAAGAAUUUAACCAAAGAAAAACGAAUAUUUAAUUACCGCCUCUCUAGAGCAAGACGUUAUAUUGAGUGUUGUUUUGGAAUCCUGGUAAACAAAUGGAGAAUAUUUCACAAACCACUCAAUGUACAUAUUGAAUUUGCGGAAAACAUAAUUAAAGCUUGUUGUGUUCUUCACAAUUACGUCAGGCUAAGAGAUGGAUACAGAUACGAAGACACAUUGUUCGAAACAGCUCUAGAUGGUUUGAGUACGACUACAAUUGGACCUGGUGUAAGGUCUCGAAACACGAGGGAUAUAUUCGCUGAUUAUUUCAUGAAGGAAGGUCGACUGCCGUGGCAAGAAAAAAUGAUCUAAUUUUCUUUGUUUGUUACUAAU